CCCAAAAAAUAUGAUAUAUAUUCUAUAUGUUCUAAAACUAAGGUCAAUAAGGCAAAGAUCUUAAGAGAGAUGGUAGAGUGGGUACGCUUUAUUUGGGCAAUCGGGGCAGCCUUAGUGGCUACAAGAACCGCCAUGGAAGGCAGUGGAGUUGUCGGAGAUGAGAUCACAUACGAUGGAAGAUCUCUCAUCAUUGACGGCCAAAGAAAGAUUCUGUUUUCAGGUUCCAUUCACUAUCCUCGAAGCACCCCCGAGAUGUGGCCAUCUUUGAUAGCCAAGGCCAAGGAAGGGGGGCUAGAUGUCAUCCAAACCUAUGUGUUUUGGAACCUCCAUGAACCUCAACCUGGACAAUAUGAUUUCAGUGGAAGGUAUGAUUUGGUGAGAUUUAUUAAAGAAAUUCAAGCACAAGGUCUUUAUGUUUGCCUUAGGAUUGGACCCUUCAUUGAUGCUGAAUGGACUUAUGGAGGUUUUCCAUUUUGGUUGCAUGAUGUUCCUGACAUUGUUUAUCGAACGGAUAAUGAGCCUUUCAAGCUCUAUAUGCAAAAUUUUACAACCAAAAUAGUAAACUUGAUGAAGUCGGAGCAAUUAUAUGCUACACUAGGAGGACCGAUUAUUUUAUCACAGAUUGAAAAUGAAUAUGGAAUUAUUGAGGCAGCAUUUCAUGAAAAAGGAAGCUCAUACGUUCAUUGGGCAGCAAAAAUGGCAGUUGAUCUCCAAACCGGCGUUCCAUGGAUUAUGUGCAAGCAAGUCGAUGCUCCUGAUCCACUCAUAAAUACAUGUAACGGAAUGAAAUGUGGAGAAACUUUUGAAGGGCCUAAUUCGCCGAAGAAACCAUCACUUUGGACAGAGAAUUGGACAUCAUUCUAUCAAGUAUAUGGGGGAGAAGCAUACAUAAGGUCAGCUCAGGACAUAGCAUUUCAUGUGGCCCUUUUCAUUGCAAGAAAUGGGAGCUAUAUAAAUUAUUACAUGUACCAUGGUGGAACAAAUUUCGGCCGAACAGCAGCAGCUUAUGUGAUAACAAGUUAUUAUGAUCAAGCUCCCCUUGAUGAAUAUGGUUUAAUCAGGCAGCCAAAAUGGGGCCAUCUGAAAGAGUUGCAUGCUAUAAUCAAAUCCUGCUCAAAAGCUCUACUCCAGGGAGUGCAAACUAACUUCUCACUGGGUCCCCUUCAACAGGCGUAUAAAUUUGAAGCACCAGAAGCAGGAUGUGCAGCAUUUCUUAUAAAUAAUAAUAAUUCAACGAAUGCAACGGUCGAAUUUAGAAAUAAAUCAUUCGAAUUGCCUCCGGUAUCAAUCAGCAUCUUACCCGACUGCGAAAACAUCAAAUUCAACACUGCAAAGGUACAUGUGGCGCCCAACAAGAGAAUCAUCACAUCAAACCAAAAAUUGAAUGCUGCAGAUAAAUGGCAAAAAUACGAAGAUGUGAUCCCAAAGUACGAAGAUACCAAAAUCAAAUCAUCUCAUCUCUUAGAACACAUGAAUACCACCAAAGAUACAUCCGAUUAUCUUUGGUAUACUCUUAGCUUUAAACCAAACUCAUCAUGCACCCAACCGGUUCUUCAUGUGGACUCGCUUGCGCACCUUGCACAUAUUUUUGUGGAUAAGAAAUACUCAGGAUCAUUUCAUGGAAGUAAAAAUGAUAAAGGUCCAUUUUCCAUGCACGUACCAAUUAUCGUAAAUGAUGCCACCGCUAUUUCUAUACUCAGCGUUAUGGCUGGAUUGCCGGAUUCAGGACCAUUUCUGGAGAAGAGAUAUGCUGGUUUAACUAGAGUUGAAGUUGAAUGCACCGAAGAAAAACAAUUCUAUAAUCUUACCAAUAAUUUUGAAUGGGGAUAUCAGGUGGGUUUGCUAGGAGAAAACUUGCAAAUAUACAAUGAGCAAGGUUUGGAGAGAGUUAAUUGGACUAAAGGUUUGAGUGGUGAUCAUGAGCCGCUUACUUGGUACAAGUUAGAAUUUGAGACACCUCAAGGAAAUGAUCCAGUGGUUUUAAACCUUGCAAAAAUGAGCAAAGGUGAGGUGUGGAUCAAUGGGGAAAGCAUCGGUCGAUAUUGGACUUCAUUUCUUACAUCCAAAGGCCACUCUUCCCAAACAUUGUAUUAUAUCCCUCGAGCCUUUCUCAAAAAACUUAACAACCUCUUAGUCAUACUUGAAGAACUCGGAGGAGAUCCUCUCGGUAUUACAUUGAAUACAAUUUCCACCAGACAAUCAUUUCAUCCAAAUGUUUCUAUUUUAUAACUAAUUACUUAAUUAAUUUUCAUCCAACUUUCUGUCCAUCAAUAUUCAAUAAAUUAUUUGUU